AUGGCGGCGGAUCUUCCUCGGACUAUGAAGGCUCUCAAGUACGAGAAGCCAGAAGUGCAUAGUAUAGUCGAAACUCCUCUCCCUUCGCUUCGUGAGAAUGAUAUUUUGAUCAAAGUCAAAGCCUGCGGCGUCUGCGGCACAGACCUGCACAUCCACGAGGGUGAAUUCAUCGCCAAGUUCCCCGUGAUCCCUGGCCACGAAACAGUCGGCGAAGUCGCCGCCCUCGGUCCCAACGUAACAAACUUCGAAAUCGGAGACAGGGUUGUUGCUGAUAAUUCCGAGCUAUGCGGCGUGUGCUUUUAUUGCCGACGAGGAGAGGAGUUGUUCUGUGAGAAGUUCCAGGCGCAUGGGGUUAAUAUAGAUGGGGGGUUUGCGGAGUAUUGUGCUUAUCCUGCUGCGCGGGUGUUCAAGUUCAAGAACUUGUCUGACGUUGAUGCGACGUUGCUGGAACCUGCUUCUUGCGCGGCGCACGGAUUGGAUAAAAUUGCGCCGAAGAUGGGUUCGUCGGUGCUCUUGUUUGGAGCUGGACCAACUGGCCUGAUCCUCGCCCAACUUCUCCGCCUGAACGGCGGUUGCCGCGUCGUCGUCGCAGCCCCCGAAGGUCUGAAAAUGGAUCUGGCUAAAUCACUUGACGCCGGAGACGAGUAUAUCGCGCUCUCACGCGAAAACCCUAGCGCGCAGUUCGAGCAGCUAAAAGCCAAUAAUCCGUAUGGAUUUGACAUCGUGGUUGAGGCGACGGGGAGUGUUAAGAUCCUUGAAGAUGCGAUUAACUAUGUGCGGCGUGGUGGCAAGUUGGUUGUUUAUGGGGUUUAUAAGGAAAGUGAGGGGGUUGCUUGGAAGCCUAGUAAGAUCUUUGGUGAUGAAAUCACGAUCGUGGGCAGCUUCUCCGAGAUGAACAAGUUCCCGGCGGCAAUUGAUUAUUUGGAUUCGGGGAAGGUCAAGGUGAAGGGGAUUGUGAAUAAGGUCUUCAAGAUCGAAGAGUGGGAGGAUUGUUUGGAGGCGAUGAAGAAUAAGAGUGCCAUUAAGGCUGCGAUUGUGUUUGAUUAA